UUCUCAUCAUUAGAUUAUUAACAAAUUGAAAUAUUCUUUUGUUGAUUGUUCUUCUUUAUAGUUAAUCGUUCUCUGUGUUAUUCUUUCAACUCUUUUUUUUUCUUUCCACUGAUUCAGCGUUUCCAUGUAACUGCAACAACGUUAAUUUCUUAUCUCUGUUUCCAUGUUGUUUUUGUUUCUUAAUUAUUUUAUUAUCUUUUCUUUUCUUUUCUAAUCAAUUGAUUACCAGAGUUUGCCUUUUCUCACCUGAUCAAGUUACUGGUGAUGGUCAAUAUUCCUGAUUAAUUCUGCUGGUUGAUUCAAUUUACCUAUGAAUUGAUUUUCCAUACAACAUAUUUUUCCUUAGGAUCAGAAAGGCAAAGGUUAAUCCUUUUCUUUUCUUUAUAUGUUCAAUUGUUGUUUCCAUUGGUGAAUUAUUGGCAAUUAUCACCAUCAAUACUUUUACAAUUUCUUUGGGACAUCUUGUAAAUCAUAAUUGGAAUGACGUAUCUUUUUUAUCAAUCAGUUUCAACCUUCGUUCACUUGUGAUUACCAUGCUUUCUGUGAAUCAAUUGCUCGCUGGUUUGUUGUGAUUUUCUUCCUCCAUGUUUACCAUUUUGAUUCUUUUCGUUUAAAUUGAAAUAUCUGGUAUCAGUAUCGAAACCAGUUUUCUCUUCAUCUCUACCAGAUGAUCCAAAGCUAAAGAGAAAAGAGAAGAAGCAAAAGCAGAAUUACCAUUACAUGUUCUCCCAAUAUUGAUAAACUUUAUUACCCCUCAACUCGAUUCUAUUUUAAUAUGUGGUGCCCUAAACGCAGGAGAAUUGAUUCAACUGAAAGUGGUGAUGGUGAUAAGGGAAACACCAUUGGACUCGGUGGAGAUGAACCUCCAAUUAAGAUGCGUGUUGGCUCAAGGAAAAGUGCACUUGCUUUGAUUCAGAGUAGAUUUGUCAUACAAGAGGCUAGAAAAUUUUACUCCGAUAAAGACUAUGAAUAUGAGCUAAUUGAAAGAUCAACUACCGGCGAUCACAUUUUAGAUCAACCAUUAUCACAAAUCGGUUCUAAAGCUUUAUUCACCAAGGAAUUGGAAGAGGGAUUAUUAGAUGGAUCAAUUGAUUUUGUUGUUCAUUCUCUCAAAGAUUUACCAACAACUUUACCUCCUAAUUUAUGUAUUGCUGCAGUUCUAGAGAGAGAAAAUCCUAACGAUGCUUUGGUGUUGAAAAAAUCACUUAAUUUAGAUGAACCUUUCCAGCUGAUUGAUCCUCCUGGUGAUGAUGAGAAGCGUCAUUCAACAUAA